ACACGUGUCCACCUGUAAACUAAAGCGUCUGCGUCAUUAGCCCAACAUAACUUAACUUCAAUGUAACUGUUUAUGAAACCAAAAGUCACUGAAGUAACGUUACCGCUUGUGGUUGAAAGAUGAAUUCUUGGCGACGUUUAAACGGGAACUAAUUAGCGUUAUAUUCGGAACACACACUACACUUUGUGUGGCAAAGACAGGAGCAAAGAUGGUGAUUGAAAAGCUCAGUUUAACUUGUGAUCGGCUUCUGUCUCAUAGACAGCUAGCAUGUUGUCACUCUUGCUGUGGUGUACCACUGCAUGGCAAGGACAUGCUGAUCUACAGCAAUAUGGACACAGAGCAGAAGCCCCUGCUGCUAACCGGCCACCAUGGUGAGAUCAGUGCCAUGACUUUUGGAAAACGAAGCAGACCUGUUCUCCUCUGCUCUGCCUCUGCUGACUACAUCAUUGUCUGGGACAUUGAAUUGUGCCAGAAGAGAACACAUGCGGGUAGAGUUGCGGCUGGAACAGUGAUCGGGACUUUACUGGGUGAAGUGGUCCAUCUCUCCUUCUGUUUCUCUGAUGAACGAGUGGCGGCGUGCUCAGGAGCAACUGUAUAUGUUCUCAGCUCAAAGAGACAUGAAGUGAUCUCCACUUUGACCUGCCACCUCGCACCUCUAACAUCAGCAGAGUUCUGUCCCUGGAAUAAAGACAUUCUUGUCACCACAUCAGAGGACCGAACUUUUAAAGUGUGGGAUUUAAAAACUGAAGCUGUUUGCUACCAAUCUUUUGUGCUUUCAGCCUCUCCACUGCUCAGUGUGUUCCUCUCAGAGCAGAACAGGCACAUUAUCACUGGCUCCACUGAUGGACAGCUGUGGUGCUUUUCUCUCCCUGAUGACCACAAGUGUCACCUGGUGACCAAAAUGGACCUUCAGAAGAUGGAAAAGAGACAUCAAACGCACCAAGGGUUCGCAGAACAAUCAGCUGUAGAUAAUGUGGAGACUUCAAAACCAGUCCUCAGAAUGGCUUUAUGUAACUCAUUCCCUGACACCAGUAGUGAGCAUAAAAAGGACAACAGUUGGUUGUGUAUUGGAAGCUCUGAUGGCCUGUAUGUGGUUGAUCUGGCUACCUCAGAACUCCUUACAGCACUGAACUUCAAAGACUACCCCAACGUAAGCAUCACAAUGGCUGGGUCGUGGGCCAUCUCUCCAGGCGGGGAUAACUCUAUGGUGUUUUUAGUGAGCUCUCUGUUUACUCCAUGUGUGGUCCUGUUGGAGUUACAUCCCUGGGACCUAAGGAGGACCUGGGCUAGUGGUGAAGGCUUUUUGGUAUUCCCCAGUUCUCCUCCACUGCUUGAAUCUCCUCUGAAUGCCGAGUUGAAGAAGAAGGAGCCUGAACAUCCUAAAAAGAAAGGAGGAAUAAAGGAGCAGCCUCUGGUUUUCCACUCAAAAGUGAAGUCUUCUGGAUACAACAGUCCCCCAAGAAAUAUGAUGUUUUCACCGAAAACAAAUAGCCAGAAGAAUCCCUCCUCUCAAAAGGCUAAGAAAAAUAAAGGUUCACUCCUCAGAGAUUAUCCAGCAGACAGUGCAGCACCUACUAUUUCACACAUUCACCUAAGCAUUGGCAAUAAGCCAGUCCACUGCCUUCAGUAUUCAGGUGACGGAAAACAAAUACUGUGUGGUCUUGCCGACAGCUCAGUGUUAUUGUACAAGAACUCCCUGGCUGGCAAUCCAACUGUCUACACAGGGCAUGACAAGCCAGUGAGCAGUGUGAGCUGGAGCCUCAACAGACAGUGGUGGUUGAGUGCGUCAGAAGACCAGUCACUACGAAUCUGGACCCAUGGCAGCCCAGAGCCAGCCAUUAUCAUGGGCGACAGUAUGUUCUCCAAACCCAUUAGAGGUGCUCAGUUUUAUUACCUCGACAAAUUUCUGCUCCUGGCAUCUGGACCCUCUCUAUACUCGUACCUGUACAAUGUGGACACCACACGAGACAACAUCAAAAGAUAUCACCAACUGAGUGUCGUCAAAUUGACGAGCUGCUUCACGACGACAUCGGCAACAAACAUCACUUCCUUCUCUGCAAUCAAUGACUUCUUCUCUUACAUUGUUCUGGUGUGUGGUUCAGAUCGGUCCCUUCAGGUUUUUGAUAUGAACAAGGGUACAGUUGCCUCAACGCUCCCUGAUGCCCACAGCAGAGUGGUCCACUGCAUUACACAGAACAAGGGUUCCAUGUUCAGCACACAAGCGCCGGAUUCAUACAACCUCUUCCUCACUAGUGCAGUCACGGAUGGUGUGAAGAUGUGGGACCUCCGUACACUGAGGUGUGUACGGCGUUAUGAGAACCAUCUAAAUCGCUGCCAUCCAUGCUCUUCAGCCAUAUCACCAUGUGGCCGGUUCAUUGCCUCAGGCUCUGAGGACAACUGCGCAUACAUUUAUGACAUACGCAGCAGCAGCUACCUCCACAAGCUUCAAAAGCACUCAGACACGGUGCUCAGUGUGGCUUUCAACCCUGCCACACCAGAGCUGCUAACUGGAAGCCUGGAUGGGAAGCUGAGACUGUUUCAAUCCAGCAGUGGGGCUCCGUCUGUCUCAUGACACCAGUGCUGCUGUGCAUAGUGUCCCCAAAAUGACUGUGUAACUACAGCAGGCUGCUGCAGGUUUCAUUAAAGCAGUUCCAAGCCCCUGGCUUGGAUUUUAAUGGGAUAGGAGAAAUAAGGGAUUUGCUUUUAGUUGUUGGUUCAAUA